AUGUCGCCCAGCGAGAAGAAGGGCGACUCCAAGCCGGACGGAGACCCCUAUUCUCCAUCUGGCUUCAAAAGCUAUAUGCGAAUCUUCAGCUAUGCCGACCGAACAAGUUCGAUUCUCUACUACGUAGCGUUCGCCACCGCGAUCGCUGCUGGCGCGGCCCUUCCUUUGAUGGACCUACUGUUCGGCAAGUUCGUGACGACCUUUAACAAUUUUGCAACGGGCACUGUUACCGCGGACCACUAUAUGAGCCAAGUGGGGCACUACACCCUUUUCUUCAUAUAUCUCUUCAUCGCCAAAUUCGUCCUCGUCUACAUCCACGCCCUGACCGCUUCGAUCGGCGCCAUUCGUGCGACCAAGGCACUGCGGAUAGACUUUCUGCAGAGCCUCCUCCGCCAGGAUGCGAGCUUCUUCGACGCCAAAGACGCCGGGUCCCCGGCGUCCAAGGUGACCAUGAACGGCAACUUGGUCACAAACGGCAUUUCGGAAAAGCUCACGAUCUUCGUCCAGAGCUGCGCUACGUUCCUCGCGGCUUUUGUGGUCGCCUUUGCCGUGCACUGGAAGCUCACCCUCAUCACCAUGGCGAUUGUUCCGGCCAUCGUCAUUGUCACCGGUGUUUGCAUGGGGAUCGAGGUCAAGAGUGAGGACAAGAUGAUGGGUAUCCUGUCGCGGUCGACUGUGGUCGUGGAUGAAGUCUUCUCUAGCAUCGCAACCGUCCAAGCGUUCUGGCUGCAGCCAGUCAUGGCAAAACGCUAUGAAGAGUUCCUCGCUGAGUUGGAGCGUGUCGGGCGAAAGAAGUCGCCGAACUAUGGCAUCUUGUUCUCGACCGAGUUCUUCUGCGUCUACGCGGGAUACGGGCUUGCCUUCUGGCAGGGCAUCCGGAUGUAUGCUCGUGGUGAAGUCGAGGAGCCCGGUGAUGUUGUAACCGUUAUCUUUGCAGUUGUUGUUGCUGCCACAUCUCUCACCCACAUUGCUCCUCAGAUCAUAACCAUCACCAAAGCUGCCGCCGCUGCUGACGAACUCUUCCGCAUUAUCGACAAGGAAUCUGCUAUCGAUUCCCUAUCGACUGAAGGCCUGAAGCCCGAUCAAUGCACCGGCGCGAUUGAACUGCAGGAUCUCCAGUUCGCGUACCCAUCUCGUCCCGAUACACAAGUCCUCAACGGCCUGACUCUGAGUGCCCCGGCUGGUAAGACCACGGCGUUGGUCGGCGCGAGUGGCUCAGGGAAGAGUACGAUAGUAGGGCUGCUAGAGCGCUGGUACGAUCCAGCAGCUGGGAUGAUCUUGCUCGAUGGCAUUGAGAUUAAGAGCCUUAACAUCGCCUGGCUACGCACGCGCAUUCGGCUUGUUCAGCAAGAGCCAGUCCUAUUUAGUGGGACAAUCUUCGAUAAUGUCGCUUUUGGCUUGGUAGGCACACAGCACGCCGAAGCUUCGGACGAGGAAAAACUCGCCCUGAUACAACAAGCUUGCAAAGAUGCCUAUGCAGAUGAGUUUAUCGAGGCUCUGCCGCAGCAAUAUAAUACCCAGAUCGGCGAGCGUGGGCGCAUGCUGUCUGGUGGGCAGAAACAACGGAUUGCAAUUGCACGCAGUAUUGUGUCUCGGCCGUCGGUUCUACUGUUGGAUGAAGCCACGAGCGCGCUUGAUCCGAAGGCUGAGAGAGUCGUCCAAAACGCACUCGAUAACAUCUCCGUCGGACGAACUACCAUUAUCAUUGCCCAUAAGCUGUCUACGGUUCAACGGGCGGAUAAUAUCGCUGUCAUGUCCGCGGGCAGAAUCAUCGAGCAAGGAACGCACCGCGAACUCAUUGCCAGCGACGGCUCUUAUGCGAGACUUGUCCGGGCGCAGGAUCUGGAAAAGGCAGGUCGCACUGAAGGGCCAGGUGUUUCAGAAGAGACAGUCGUUGAUGAGGGCGAGCCUAAUACGCCGCCGUCUGCUGCAAAAAUACCGUCGCACCACGCAAAGAGUCUGACCGGGACCGAGAAGCAGGAGGGGGAGGAAGCGGAGGUCGCCCUACAUCCAAAUGAAACUCUGGGCUACGGUCUCGUCCAGUGUAUCUGGCUGUUAAUUAAGGAGCAGCGGCCUCUAUGGGGCGCAUACGCGAUUGUCGGUUUCGCGUGUCUUCUUGGAGGUGGCGUGUACCCAGCACAAGCAGUCAUCCUCGCGCGCACUCUCCAAGUCUUCCAAAUCCGUGGACCCGAAGCAGUUCAUCGCGGAGACUUCUGGGCCCUGAUGUCUUUCGUCCUCGCCCUUGCGGUCUUGGUACUGUAUUUCACCGUGGGAUGGACUGUCAAUAUCAUCAUCCAGGGAGUGGGCCGGAAGUAUCGCCGCGAACUCUUCAAGGACAUGAUGAAGCAGGAGCUUGCCUUUUUUGAUCUGGACCACAACACCGCCGGUGCCAUCUGCUCUCGACUCUUGAUCCACGUGUCGAACCUACACGACCUCCUAGGCAUCAACUCUGCCUUGACUCUCGUGAACCUUGUCACGGUCAUCGCCGUCUCGAUCCUGGGCAUCGCUUACGGCUGGAAGCUCGGCCUCGUCUGCACGUUUGGCGCCCUUCCUCCUCUGCUGCUGGGUGGUUACUUCCGCAUUCGCCUUGAGGCAAAGUUAGAAGAAGACACUGCUAUGCGCUUUUCCAAUAGUGCUACGACUGCAGCCGAGGCAGCCUCAGCGAUUCGCACGGUCUCAUCUCUGACGCUCGAGAACACGAUGCUCCAGAUAUACCGUGAAAAGCUAGACGUCGUGGCCCAGAAAUCGGUUAGGGCCCUGAUUUCUACCAUGCUGUGGUAUGCCUUGACGCAGUCCAUCAACUUCCUCGCCAUGGGCCUAAGCUUCUGGUACGGCGGGAAGCUGAUCUCAUCGGGCGAGUACACCAACGAACAGUUCUUCGUCGUUUACAUCGCCGUCGUUGUUGGCGGUGAGAACGCAGCCGCUAUGUUCCAAUACACGACCAGCCUCACGAGGGGAUUCAGCUCGACGAACUACGUCUUCUGGCUUCGUCAGCGUGUCCCAGCGAUCAACAAUGACUUUUCCGAUGAUUCCAACGGGUCUCCUCCCGACGCUGCCUCUGAGAAACCCGUAGGCGCGGCUCUCGAGUGCCAGUCCCUUACCUUUGCUUAUCCUUCUCGCCCACGCUCAAACGUUAUCUCCGAUAUCAAUGUCACCAUCCCCCCGGGCAAAUCCGUCGCCUUUGUCGGGCCCUCCGGUUGCGGGAAGUCCACGAUGAUCAGCCUCUUCGCCCGCUUCUACGACCCAACAUCCGGCCAAAUCACUGUCAACAACCAGCCAAUCAACGAGAUAAGCCCAAGAGCCCAUCGCCGGCGCUUAGCACUCGUCCAGCAAGAGCCUGUUCUGUAUCAAGGCAGCAUCCGCGAGAACGUAGCCAUGGGCCUGGGGCUGUCCACGUUGGAAAACGAAGAAGAACAGGGCCAAGAGGCAGCCGACACCAAAAUUGAACAAGCCUGCAGAGACGCAAACAUCCUCGACUUCAUCCUUUCGCUAUCGGAAGGUCUGCAGAGCCAGGUUGGCGCGCGCGGCGGCAGGCUUUCUGGCGGACAGCGGCAGCGCGUCGCCAUUGCACGGGCGCUGGUCCGGGACCCAAAGAUUUUGCUCCUGGAUGAGGCGACGAGUGCGUUGGAUACGGAGAGCGAGAAGAUUGUGCAGGCUGCGUUGAGCCAGGCAAUGAAGAGUGGAGGCAGGAGUCGGAGCACUGUUGCUGUUGCGCAUCGGCUGAGUACGGUGAGAGAUGCAGAUUGCAUUUUCGUUUUCCAGGCUGGGAGGAUCGUUGAGCAAGGGACACAUGGCGAGUUGCUUGAGAAACGGGGGCAUUAUUAUGAGAUGUGUAAGAACCAGGCGUUGGAUAAGGCGUUGGAUUGA